AUAAUAAACGUCAUCAUCCAUCAUCAUCAUCACAAAAAUAUUUAUCAAGAACACGCCGCUAAUUUACAAAAUAAAAAUUGUUUUAUCUAAAUAAAGGAUACAUUUGGCAAAAUGUUUACUCUAUGGACUUUAAUUGAAGCUUCGCUGCUUUGCUUAAAUGCAGUCUGUGUUCUUCACGACGAAAGAUUCCUUGCUAAAAUUGGAUGGGGCCCAAAUGCCCAACAUCAAGACUUCGGACAACCCUCUAUGAAGUCACAAAUGCUUAACUUGAUUCGUUCCAUUAGAACUGUGGCCAAAAUUCCAUUGAUAUUCCUCAAUAUUGCCGCAAUCAUCAUAAAACUUAUACUCGGAUAGAUUAAUAUAAAACAAACACGAAUAAUAAAUAUUAAGAAAUUAUUUUUUUAAAAAG